AGGCUUAAAACCCAAAGCCAAGAGGUGAAAAUGAAGGUGGGUUGUGAUCUGCGGCCUGGACUCGUUAGAGCCAGACCCUUAGCCAUUUUCUUUAUACUCAACAUUCUCAUGGCGACGCGACUCUCCAUCUCGCGCUCGGUUCAUCCAAUCAUAAGACGCUCUCCGCAUUUAAGUUCCUAUUUAUACCCAAAACAGUCUAUCAAAUCCUAUCCCUGUCCGCUCUGGUCUUCUUCUUUCUCCUUCUGCCUUCACUCUCUCCGCAAGAGAUCCACUCCUCUCAUUCCUCCACUCUCCUCUUCUUGUUCUUCUUUUCCUUCUCAUUCAAUGGCUGCGGCUGGUAUUGCUACUGCUACCAUCGAGGAAUCGCUUGAAUCAAAUCCUCUAUUGCGGAAUUUUGACUUUCCUCCUUUUGAUGUUGUUGAGGCCAAGCAUGUUAGGCCGGGGAUUCGUGCUCUGUUGCAGAAACUUGAGGCUGAUUUGGAGGAAUUGGAGAGAACAAUUGAGCCUUCUUGGCCAAAACUGGUGGAGCCUUUGGAGAAAAUUGUUGAUCGGCUGAAUGUUGUCUGGGGAAUGAUCAAUCACCUUAAGGCUGUAAAGGAUACUCCCGAGCUUCGUGCUGCCAUUGAAGAAGUUCAGCCAGAGAAGGUGAAAUUUCAGCUCAGAUUGGGACAAAGUAAGCCCAUUUACAAUGCAUUUAAGGCUAUUAAAGAAUCUCCUGAUUGGCAGUCACUUAGUGAAGCUUGCAAACGUAUAGUGGAAGCACAAAUAAAGGAAGCGGUUCUUAAUGGUGUUGCUCUUGAAGAUAGUGAAAGAGAAGAAUUUAACAAGAUCGAACAGGAACUUGAAAGGCUAUCUCAAAAAUUCUCAGAGAACGUUUUGGAUGCGACAAAGAAGUUUGAAAAGAUCAUAACAUGUAAGAAAGAUAUUGAAGGAUUGCCCGCUACUGCUCUUGGAUUAUUCGCACAGGCAGCUGUGUCUAAGGGCCACGAAAAUGCAACUGCAGAGAAUGGGCCAUGGAUCAUUACCUUGGAUGCUCCCAGUUUUCUUCCUGUCAUGCAACAUGCUCGUAACCGUGCCCUUCGUGAGGAAGUCUACCGUGCAUAUGUAACACGUGCCUCUAGUGGUGAUCUGGACAAUACAGCAAUCAUUGAUGAAGUAUUAAAACUCAGGUUGGAAAAGGCGAAGCUUCUCAAUUACAACAACUAUGCUGAGGUAAGCAUGGCAACAAAAAUGGCUACUGUUGAUAAGGCGGAAGAGCUACUAGAAAAGCUUCGUAGUGCUUCAUGGGAUGCUGCUGUGCAAGAUAUGGAAGACCUUAAAAUUUUCUCCAAGAAUCAGGGUGCAUUAGAAGCUAAUGAUUUGACUCAUUGGGACAUCAGUUUCUGGAGUGAGAGGUUACGUGAAUCAAAAUAUGACAUCAAUGAGGAAGAAUUACGCCCAUAUUUUUCAUUGCCAAAGGUCUUGGAUGCCUUUUUCAGUCUUGCCAAGACACUUUUUGGAGUUGACAUUGAGCAGGCAGAUGGUCUUGCUCCUGUUUGGAACAAUGAUGUUAGAUUUUACUGUGUCAAGGAUUCUUCUGGUAACCCAGUUGCAUACUUCUACUUUGAUCCAUAUUCACGUCCAUCUGAAAAGAGAGGAGGUGCAUGGAUGGACGAAGUACUUUCUCGUAGCCGUGUAUUGUCACGUAAUGGUUCUGCUGUAAGGUUGCCCGUCGCCCACAUGGUGUGCAAUCAAACUCCACCUGUUGGAGACAAGCCAAGCCUUAUGACAUUCCGGGAGGUUGAGACUGUCUUCCAUGAAUUUGGUCACGCUUUGCAGCAUAUGUUAACUAAACAGGAAGAGGGUCUGGUUGCUGGCAUUCGAGGGAUAGAAUGGGAUGCUGUUGAAUUGCCUUCACAAUUUAUGGAAAACUGGUGUUACCACAGGGAUACGUUAAUGAGCAUCGCAAAACACUAUGAAACUGGGGAGAGCCUCCCAGAAGACAUAUAUUUAAAGCUUCUCGCUGCCAGGACUUUCCGUGCAGGGUCUCUUAGCCUUCGUCAGUUACGAUUUGCAACUGUUGAUCUGGAGCUGCAUACAAAAUAUGUUCCUGGUGGGCCGGAAAAAAUCUAUGAUGUUGACCAAAGGGUAUCCAAGAGAACGCAAGUGAUUCCACCACUUCCUGAAGAUAGGUUCCUCUGUAGUUUCAGCCAUAUUUUUGCAGGUGGUUAUGCUGCUGGGUACUACAGUUACAAGUGGGCGGAGGUGUUGUCUGCUGAUGCUUUCUCGGCAUUUGAGGAAGCUGGAUUGGAAGAUAUUAAGGCUGUCAAAGAGACAGGAAACAAAUUCCGGGAUACCAUCCUUGCUCUUGGGGGUGGAAAAGCACCAUUACAGGUUUUUGUGGAAUUCCGCGGACGGGAACCAUCACCCGAGGCGCUACUGAGGCACAACGGCCUAUUACCUGUCGCAACCUAAGCAUGUGUUCUUUGCCACCAUUUCUCUUUUGGUUUAUUCACAGGGUAUGUAAAUGACAUGGCGGCUUUGGUUUAUGGAGUUGUAUGCUGUACACUUCUUUAAGGACUUUAUUUAUCAAAUUAACCUUAAAAGUAGAUCAUCGUUUUUCUGGCUUUUCA